AUGAUCGCCAGUAUAGUGACAGGCUUAUCCUGCGUUGAAGCAACAUUGGAAACCCCAGCAGAUACGAUUCCGGUUCCUGUGAAGUCCACACUUGUUGUCGUGCCCACUGAACUAAUACUUCAAGGCUGGAUUGAAGAAGUUGAAAAACAUGUUACUCCAGGAACCCUGCAAUGUUACAAGUAUCAUGGUUCAAAGCGUCAGUUCUCGCUCGCAUCGCCUCCUCUUAUCGUACUUGCAACAUACGACACUGUUGCAGCAGAAUUCAGUAAAAGCGAGGGGGGGGGCGUUCUCAAACAAGUUCACUGGCACAGGUUGAUUCUCGAUGAAGCUCAUUAUAUACGGAAUGAGGACACACUUGCGUUUCAGGCGGUCAACAGCCUUUCAGCCUCUAUCCGAUGGUGCACAACAGGGACCCCAAUUCAGAAUUCACUCCACGAUCUCGCGUCACUCGUUCGGUUCCUCCGCGUCCCCUACUUGGACAGCCAUGCGGCCUUUCACGAACACAUAGCUAAAUUGUCGUCCUCCGCAUCAGCCGACGACAUUUGUCAUCGACCCCAUCGGAACCUGGAACUUCUUCUGGCGGUGAUCUGCUUGAGGCGUAGAUUUUCCACGCUAUUCCCGGAUCUUCAAAGCACCGCCAUCACUUACCGCUUAUCAUUCUCCGAGGUGGAACGCAGAGCCUACAAUGAGCUUACUCGGGGUUGCAACGGGCAGCUCAUGGCCGCAGUCAGCAUGCGAAUGUUCUGCAAUACCGGAAUGAGCAGUAUAUGUCUCGGAGGAGAGGUCAAGGACUACGACGGUGAUGAUCAGCGGUCGUCGUUGGACACAGUGGUCACGUUGCCCCAGCGGGGCGAAGUCAAUAUCCGCUCGACUUACAACACGAAAAUCCUGACGUCGGAUUCUGAGGAUGAUGUAAGCGAUAGUCAACCGUCAUCGCCGGAUUCCUUGUUCUCACUUGGCCCCCGCCAUACGUUGGAAUGUCAGGCAUUUGCUCAGACCAAGGCCGGCCUUGUCGGGGAGGGAGAGAGCCUAUACGACCUGGGGACUCCAAAUACGACAACUACAACGACGGCGGCAACAACACCCCUCCCUUGCGAUAAUGAAAUGGAAGACUGCGGGCAGAGUGAGAUUGCUGGACCGGGGUUCCCCCUUCUGGUUGAUAUGUCCCAGGCGGGCUUUAUCUAUCCCUCCAAGUUAGUGACUUUACUUGCCAACAUCCGGGAGAACUAUUUGGAGGAUAAAAGCAUAGUUUUCUCUUUCUGGACACGGAGCCUCGAUCUCGUUGGCCGAAUGUUCAACGAAAAUGACAUCUCCUUUUGUCGAAUUGAUGGCAGAAUGGACUCAAAGCAACGUCAGUCUGUGCUUAGAGAUUUCCAAUGCAACCCAGAUGUACGGGUACUUUUGAUCACGAUAGGGGCAGGCGCUGUAGGCUUGAAUAAUUUGACCGUCGCAAAUAGAGUACACCUACUGGAACCACAGUGGAACCCGUCGGUUGAGAGUCAGGCAAUCGGUCGCGGUUUACGCCAGGGUCAGGAUAAGCAUGUUUAUGUUAGUCGCUAUAUCAUGAAAGGAACGAUUGAGGAGUCGAUAGAGCAUAGACAAUCAGAGAAGAAGCAGCUCUCAUUAGAUGAGCGUGAAAUACAAAAGAGGGACAUGUUGAUAUAUUAG